ACGCGAAUCACGCGAGGUCAGUCCAAAAAUGCAACCUUCGGACCCACAUUAGAUAUGACCAGUGGCUCUCUGCUUCUUCUCCACCACUCCGAUUUCCAUCGAACUCAUUGCCGAACUCGAGACCCAUGUCUUCGUUACUUCGAAAGGUUUGGGGAUCGGUUUCGAACCGCCCGAAUUCGAAUUCGAGCUCGUCUGAUCGGCGGCGAGAGAUGGUGUUGGCUCAAUCGUCCACUGGGGCAUUUGAUCGAAUACCUUUCGACAUAUUGAUUCAAAUCUUGAAACUUCUCGGUCCCAAAGAAGCUGCCAAGCUCAGCUCUGUUUGCAAAUCGUGGAAAUUGAUCGUUGCCCAGAAUCGAUUGUGGAUGUACUUUCUUCAGAAUCAGCAGGAGUCUUGGGACUCGAUCUUCUUUGGCGAAACUCAACUGCGAUUGGGCUAUCCUUUUCAGGCACUGCCUAAUCAAAUUUCUCAGUUGUCAUUCAUGCAUAUCUAUGGUCAGCGAGCACAAGUCCCUGGCGCUAUUAUUAUUGACGUUGGUUUGGGUUACUGCAAGUUUGGAUGGAGCAAAUAUGCUUGUCCAUCUGGCCGGUUUGCAACAUUUGCGGAAUUUGGUAACAUCGAGUCUCCAACAUACACUAGACGUAGACUUUUUUUUGCAACAAUUUACAACAGGAUGCGGGUGAAAACAUCUACGCAUCCAAUUGUUGUGUCCAUUCCAAUUUGUCAUUAUGAUGAUACAGAAUCUGCUAAAGCAUCUAGAAGGCAGCUAAAAGAAACCAUGUACUCAGUUCUGUUUGAUAUGAAUGUCCCUGCUGUUUGUGCUAUCAAUCAGGCAACUUUAGCUUUGUAUGCAGCAAGACGAACUUCAGGAAUUGUUGUUAACAUUGGUUUCCACCAGACCUCUGUUGUUCCAAUUUUACAUGGUCAAGUCAUGCGCAAGGUGGGUGUUGAAGUUGUGGGAAUGGGAGCAUUGAAGCUUACAGGAUUCCUUAAGGAACAAAUGCAGCAGAAAAAUAUACAUUUUGAGUCACUGUACACUGUGCGCACAUUAAAAGAGAACCUAUGUUAUGUUGCUCUUGAUUAUGAUGCUGAACUAUCCAAAGAUACAGAAGGGUCAUUUGAAGUUGCAGCAGAAGGUUGGUUUACUCUUUCGAAAGAACGAUUUCAAACAGGGGAGAUUUUAUUUCAGCCAUGCAUUGCAGGAGUGCGUGCAAUGAGUUUGCAACAGGCAGUAGCACUUUGCAUGGACCAUUGUCAAGCUGCGGAAUUGACAGGCGAUGACAGUUGGUUCAAGACUGUAGUUUUGUCAGGAGGGACAGCAUGUUUACCAGGAUUAGCAGAAAGGUUAGAGAAGGAACUCCGUGGACUUAUUCCCCAAUCCAUGUCCAAUGGAAUAAUAGUGAUUCCUCCUGUUUAUGGUGCCGAUUCUGCAUGGUUUGGGGCAAAGCUUAUCAGCAAUCUGAGCACCUUCCCUGGCCCCUGGUGCAUGGUAAAGAAGCAGUUCCGGUAUAAGUCCAGGCACAGCCUCUUGUGGUGAAAGUGUCCAAACCCAUCUCUGUCCUGGCAAUCUUCGACAAAUUACUUUCAGUUUGCCAAGAAAACAAGCUAUCAAGUUGUAAAAUGCGAGGUGAAAUCACUCUGUUAUUAUCUGAAAUCACCUGAAUCUAUUUAUUCACAAGUAUAAACUGUAAACAUCCUUGAACCAGAAUUUUUGUUGGGCCCUGUAGUUUGAUAUAUCAUAAGUGGCACAAAUAAAACAUGCAUUGUAUAGCAUAGAUUUUUAGGUGAAGUUACUUUCUACAAAACUUCACAUGAAUUAAUAAGUUCAACUUGAUUUGAUAUUGUAAUGGUUUUAAUAGCAGAGCUCUCUCUCCGUCUUUCUCAUUGUAA